AUGGAGGCGGACGGGCAGCUCGAUGACUUCUACAAGCACCACCAGUUCAAGCCUUCCAAGGAGGAGGCCGUCACCUACUUCCUGCCGCGCCUCCUCGCCGGCACGCCGCUGCCGCACGGCGCCGACGGCCUCAUCCGCCGCGUCGACGUCUACGCCUGCGAGCCCAAGGACCUGGCCGCCCAGUUCGCGCCCGUGCCUAACGCCGCCAGCACCGGCGACCGCUUCUUCUUCACGACCUGCAGGCGCAAGAGCGGGAACGACGCCCGGGUCGUGCGCCGCGCCGGGACCGGCACCUGGGCCGUCCAGACCACCGAGGACGUCUACCACGAGGGGGCCAAGGUCGGCGAGGCCAAGCACCUGUCCUUCAAGAAGGGCAAGAUCACCACCGGAUGGGUCAUGAAGGAGUACCGCUGCCUGCGUCCUGAGGCCGUCGUCGCCGACAGGGAGAUGGUGCUCUGCAAGAUCCACCUCGCUCAGCACGCGCCCGCCGCCGCCCGCCAAGAAUCUGACGCGUACAAGCUGCUUCCUCAACAACCAGCAGAACCCGCGCAGCAAUCACACAAGAGACCAGCAGCGCUUGCUGCCGCGGCCGCUGAUCCGCCCUGCUCCAAGAAGAUGCGGAUGGCAGCACCCGUCCCGGAGCCUGCCGCGAGCGCACGCAAGAUGGGGACGCCCUUUCCCGACCCGUGGAGAUGGAGUACGAGGAUUGUCCGCUGA